AUGACCGACAGGGUGCUGCCGGCGGUUAUCAGCCUGCAGGUGCGUGGGGAAAAUCGCGCCGCUUCCGACCUCCCCCGCGACCAUCCACCGGUGCCGGAUCCCAGCCUGCCGAUCACCGGCAGCGGCUUCAUCAUCAAAGCUAACGGUCUGGCAAUCACCAACCAACACGUGGUUGAGGACAAAGAGGAAGUCUACGUGCGCCUUUUUGACGGCACUCGGACCCGGGCCAGGGUGCUGGGCCGCGACGCAAUGGGCGACAUGGCGCUGCUCCAAAUUGAAAGCGAAACCCCGCUACCCGCCGUGCCGUUGGGCAACUCGGACGCCUUGCGGGUUGGCGAAAUGGUGGUUGCCAUCGGCAGCCCAAUCGGUUUUGAGCACUCGGUGACGUUUGGAAUCAUCAGCGGCAAGCGCCGCAAUUUUCUGCGCUCCAGCGCGGUGGGCGGCUACCUGCAGACGGACGCCGCCAUCACCACGGGCAACAGCGGCGGGCCGCUCAUCAACAUGCGCGGCGAGGUGGUCGGCGUGAACACGGCCACCAUCCGGCGCGGCACCAUGGGGUUUGCCAUACCGGUGAACGCCGUGAAGGCGGCCCUGCCGCAGCUUCAUGACUACGGCCGCGUCAAGCGUGCUUACCUCGGCGUGCGCAUUGACCCCAUCGACCGCGACAAGAUCAUCAGUCUGGGCCUUCAAUCGCCGCGCGGCGCCUACGUGCACGCGGUGUUGAGCGGCCAGCCCGCACAGCGCGCCGGCAUCGCCAUCGGCGACAUUAUCAUUGGAUUCGACGGUGUUGAGGUAAAUUCUCCCUUUGAUUUGCAAGCGGCUGUCGCGUCCAGACCGGUCGGCAAGAUGGUGCGGAUUGAAGUUCUUCGCCAGCAGCAGCGGCGGACAGUCGAAUUGGCCUUGGGCGAAAUGCCGGAUAACUGA